AUGCAGGGGAACGAGCGCCGGCGGAGCGCGGACGCAGGAGCAGCGCGGACACGUCGGAAACUCGGAGCGUACAAAUGCACUUUGUAUUUAUUCAUCUUCAGUCUGGAGCUGAAGAGGAGCCUGACGGCGCCGCUGGAGUCUGACGACUUUGCUUUCUUCCUUGAGGGCGCUGACGGGUGCCUGGGCGUGCGGGACGGCUCCUUCUUCCUGUCGCCGUCCUGCGAGGACGCCGCCCAGCGCUGGAAGUGGGUGACCCGGGGCCGCCUGUUCAACCUCGGGUCCUCGCUGUGCCUGGGCGUGAACACGGGCAACGCCACCCACCCGCCGGACAAGUCCCCCGUGGGCGUGUACACGUGCGACCGCGAGCCCCCCAGGGUGCGCUGGACCUGGAACUGUGGCCUGGUGCUGGAGCAGCUGAACAGCUACCUGCCCUCCACCUCCAUCUGGAACGCCUCCGCCUCCGCCUCCAGCCUCAAGUGGACCGUGCACGGCGGCGUGCAGGACCUGUGCUCCAAAACAUAUCGAGAGAUCUACACCAUCCAGGGGAACUCCCACGGCCGGCCCUGCUACCUGCCCUUCCUCUACGACGGCCAGUGGUUCCACGGCUGCACCAGCAUCGGCCGCGAGGACGGCCACCUGUGGUGCGCCACCACCUACGACUACGGCAAGGACGAGCGCUGGGGCUUCUGCCCCGUCAAGAGCGGCGGCUGCGAGACGUUCUGGGACACCGACCCGCUGACGGACAGCUGCUACCAGUUCAACUUCCAGGCCACGCUGUCGUGGAGCGAGGCCCGGAUCAGCUGCCAGCAGCAGGAGUCCGACCUGCUGAGCAUCACCAAGCUGCACGAGCAGACCUACAUCAACGGUUUACUCACUGGAUACAACGCUGAUCUGUGGAUCGGCCUCAACGACCUGGACAUCCAGGGGGGGUGGCAGUGGACCGACGCCUCGCCGCUCAAAUACCUCAACUGGGAGCCAGACCAGCCGAACCACGCCGAUGAGGAGAACUGCGCCGUGAUCCGGACCGAGUCCUCCGGCCGCUGGCAGAACCGGGACUGCUCCGUCGCUCUGCCGUACGUCUGCAAGAAGAGGCCCAACGCGACCCUCGACCCCUUCACUACCGACUCGUGGGCGGACGACGAGAAGUACGACUGCGACGUGGGCUGGCAGGCCUUCCAGGCCGGAUGCUACAAGCUGGCCUCGGAGAAGACCGACUGGGACGCCGCCCAGAAGACCUGCCAGAAGAUGGAGGCCAACCUGGUCAGCAUCCACACGCUGCCCGAGCUCGAGUUCAUCCUGCGCAGCCUGAAGAAAGACAUCGACCAGCUGUGGAUCGGGCUGCACGACACCGACAUGCAGAUGGACUUCCAGUGGACCGACCACACGCCCGUCAUCUUCACCUACUGGCACCCGUUCGAACCCAACAACUUCCGCAACACCCAGGAGGACUGCGUGUCCAUCUGGGGAGCUGAGGGCCGAUGGGAUGACAGCCCCUGUAAUCUGACGCUGCCCUCCAUCUGUAAGAAGCCAGGAACAAAGAAUGAUGGGAAGCCUCGGCACCAAGACUGCAAACAAGGCUGGAAGUGGCACAGUCCAGCUUGUUACUGGGUGGGAGAAGAUCUGCUCCCCUUCGACGCUGCCAGGAAGUCCUGUGAGGAGCAGGGAGCCGCGCUCGUCACCAUUACCAACAGGUUCGAGCAGGCCUUCGCCAACAGCCUGCUGUUCGGCCGCUUCGGAGACUCCUUCUGGAUCGGCCUCCACGAGGUGGGCGAUCACGGCUCCUUCCACUGGCUCAGCGGCGACGAGGUGUCCUACACCAACUGGAACCGAGACCAGCCGGCCAGCAUCCGCGGCGGCUGCGUCGCCAUGGCGACGGGCUACACCACGGGCCUGUGGGAGGUGCGGGACUGCAAGGCGUCCAGGGCCAAGUUCAUCUGCCGUCAGAACCAGGACACGUCGCUGAGCCCCGAGCCGCCCGCCCCGCUGCCCACGCCCAGCCUGAGCGGCGCCUGUCCCGGCGGCUGGAAGAGCAACAGCGACCUGCGCUACUGCUACAAGGUGUUCCACUCCUCCCAGCUGGACCAGAGGCUGAGCUGGCUGCAGGCGCACCUCUACUGCCUGCGGCACGGCGCCAACCUGCUGAGCAUCAGCGGGCCGGACGAGGAGCACUUCGUCAUGCAGGUCCUCCACGAGACCUUCGGGGAGUCGGAGGAACACGAGCAGCACUGGUUCUGGAUCGGCCUGAACCGGAGGAACCCCAUGGACAACGGCAGCUGGAAGUGGAGCGACGGCCUGGCGUUCACGUACCAGAACUUCGGCCGCUACUCCUACAGCAUCCGGCAGUGUGCGGUGGCCGACCUGGGCACCAUGACGUGGCUCGCCACGCACUGCGACUCCGAGCUGGACUUCAUCUGCAAAAUCCCCAGAGGUAGUGUUGAGCAGGUCCCGGGGACAGAAGGCACCACCACUCCACAGUGGAUCGGCUUCCAGGAGGCCGACUACAAGUUCUUCGACCACCGCACCACCUGGGACCAGGCCCAGAGGAUCUGCUCCUGGUUCGAUUCCUCGCUGGCGUCGGUCCACUCUGCUGAAGAAGAGGCUUUCCUGACCGGCACUUUAAGCAAGAUGGUGAAGGUGGAGGGCGACAGCUGGUGGCUGGGCCUCCACUCCUACGAGAACGACGGCCGCUUCCGCUGGUCCGACCACUCGGUGCUGAACUACGUGUCCUGGGCUCUGGGGCGGCCCCACCCCCUCAGCCGGGACCGCCGCUGCGUCUCCCUGUCGGUGAACAAAGCGGACUGGUCCGACCAGAAGUGCCACUCGGACCUGCCCUACAUCUGUAAGAGGGUGAACGUGACCGGGACCAUCCCUCCAACGCCGUCCUCGCCGCACCCGCCGGCAGGCUGUCCUGACGGAUGGUCGUCCUACCAGCACAAGUGUCUGCGGGUGUUUGACCCGCCACGCCGGGUCACCUGGUCCGCGGCCAAGCUGAAGUGUGAGACGCAGCGCGGCGUGCUGGCCGUGGUGCCCAACCACCUGGAGCAAGCUUUUAUCACCACCUUGCUCACCAACGUCAGCGCCGACCUGUGGGUGGGGCUGACCUCCGACUCGAAAGGUCACUUCCAGUGGGCGAAGACCGGCCUGCUGAGCUACACCAACUGGGGCCCCGGAGAGCCGCUGGACAACAGCGGCCCUCACCACAACCGGACGCCGGGAAACUGUGUUGCGAUGAUUCACGGGAACCCGGUGAAGAAAACCGGCAUGUGGGCGUCCCGAGCCUGUGAGAUGGAAAGCAACGGCUACAUCUGUCAGCGGCCGCAAGACCAGGACCUGACCCCGGCUCCGGCCCUCAUCCCCGCCUCGCUGUCCAAGCCGGUGGAGCUGGGCGGGGUCACGUACCGGGUCGUGGAGAAGCGGCUGGACUGGACGGGCGCCCUGCACCUCUGCGAGUCUCUGAAUGGGACCCUGGCCUCGGUGAAGGACCCCUACCAGCAGGGCUACCUGACGCUGCUCAUCAGCAGCCUGCGCCGGCCCGCCUGGAUCGCCCUCUACAACUACGGAGGGCGGAGCUUCACCUGGCUGGGCGACGAGGAAGUGUCGUAUUCGAACUGGAAGGAUGGAGAACCCAAUCAGAUGGCCGGAUGUGGUCACAUGACCACGACCGGCCAGUGGACCAUGACUCCCUGUGACGCCCGGCUGGAGGCCGCCAUCUGCCAGAUCAGUGAGGAGCCGGUGCUCCACCAGUGGGUCUACCCCGGCCUGUGCCCCCAGCCGGUGGGAGAGUGGGCCUGGGUGCCCUUCAGGAACCACUGCUACGCCUUCAACCUGCAAAUGCUGAGACUGCAGCAGGACGCGCGCUCCUCCUGCAAAAAAGUGGGGGCGGAGCUUCUGUCCAUCUUGGACGAGACGGAGAACUCGUUCGUGUGGGAACACAUCCAGAGCUACUCGGAGCAGGCGCACGGCGCCUGGCUGGGCAUCAGCGUCAAAGGCCGGAGCCUGGCGUGGAGCGAGGAGGAGGCGGAGAUGACCUACACCAACUGGGAGACGCACGAGGUGGCCCUCUCCGUGCUCUCCAUCAACUCCUGCUUCUGGAUCCAGAGCAACAGCGGCCUGUGGAAGCCGGGCUCCUGCAGGAACCGCACGCACGGGGUCAUCUGCAAGCGGCCGCGCAGCGCUGAAGAUUCACCCGUCACCUCCGCCGCCGACCACCUGCCCACCCUCAUCGUCGUCACGGUGACGGGCCUGGUCCUGGUGGCGCUGAUCGUCGGGGUGAUCUACCUGUACCGCCGGCGGACCGCGGGGGCGCGGGGCUCCUACGAGGGGGCGCGCUACAGCCGCACCAGCUGCGGCCAGAGCGAGCAGCUGGAGAAGAACAUCCUGGUGUCGGACAUGGAGCUGAACGAGCAGCCGGAGUAGCUGAGCCACUCUCUGGACUGACUGACUCUCACCUGUACAUAACGUUUGUUUUCUUGUCUCUUUUAAAUCCCCCCCCUAAAAGAUUUUUUAAAGUGCUGACGGGCUGCGUGGAGCGCAGCAGAUGUUUACUUUUUGAAUUGAAUUCUGAUUUUUUUUUUUAAAUUUUGCCAAGAUUUUUUACAAUUCUGGACGUUUCUCUCCUCAAACGAAUUCAUCUCCUGGAAGGCAACGAACGGAUCCACUGGGAACCGUUUCACCGCAGCUGGAAACACUCAGCACCAGGCCGCUUCAAUCAAACGCCUCCAUGGUGCCAAAGUCGAGUUUUGCACACUAUAUUUCCGUCGCUGUUGCUGUUUUGACCAAAAUACCCAUAAAGUGAACAGAAACAGGACUUUUAAGUCGAAGCGUUCUGCCUUUUUUCCUCCGGAACCAGAGUUGAUCUGUCGGGGUUUGCUCUUUCGUUGCCAUGCCAGUGUUAACCUGAACUUGAAGGUGUGUUGACGUGGUCCUUGCCGUUAUCUGUGCAGCUGCGGAGGAGCUUUGUUUUGGUGAGCCCGCCUCCCCCGACCCGCCACGUCAGCACCAGCUGUGUGGAGGAGGAGGAGGAGGAGGAGGAGGAGGUGCUAAUGUGAAUGUGUCGAAGGUGACAGGGACCCGUGACCUCCAGUCGUCUGAGGCACACUCUAUAAUUUGUGCACAUAAGUUAGAGAGCCGGUCUUCAGGGAGUCUGGCUCUGCGGUUUGUCGCCGGGUUUGAGCUCCCGCCGCUCGGUGUACGUUUCGGCACUUUCCGUUGACUCUGUUUCUCCCAGCUCCAUCUGGAGCUGAUUCAGCAUUUUAUUUUUUUUUUAGUACACUCAUUUUAUUUGUUUGCGCUGUAACAAGCCGUGUUUGCAGUGCAGGAUUCGUCUGAUCCUCUUUAUACGUCACGCUUUCCUCCAUAUGAUGCAGCUUUCUGGAUGUAACCCGACUCACCUGGUGGAGUCGUUCAGACACAUUCCUGUUUGCCUAAACUCCAGCGUCUCACUGCCCCGCGAGGGAAAACAUCUCCUGUGUGCGUGACUGAGUUGUAUAUAUAAGAGCCAAAGAACGCUUUAUAUAAGAAUAUUUCUCUCCUUUCUUUCUUUUUUUUUUUGUUCGUUUUUCACUUCAGGACUUCACAUCUUGUGUGAAGUGUGACGGCGAGAGUUCAUUUGCCCCCGAAACACUUUCCUUUUCCCUUCAUCUCCUGCUUCUGAGUGCUUUUCUGUCUUCUCGCUCGGAGAGAAAAGCUUUGGAGCCAUUUCAGGCUGUUGGUGUUUCACUGAGCUGCUGUGAAAAAGAAAAAGG